GCGCAACGCCGACCAGACGCCGACCUACUGCGUACGCCGACUUGGGCAACUUGCUCUACUCAACUCCAGCCUAUGGCUGCUCACAAACUAUAUCUCUGGUUGAUGCUAUCACGCGCUCUGUGUUUAUGCCGCUCAUGAACAGUCCGGGCAAGCACCCACAAUCAUCCACCACUCAGCCGAAACCGCCGGCACCACUAAUGGUAUAUUCAACCAGUACUCUCUCGAGCGCUCAAGGCAGACAAACUCGACAGCACCAUAUAAGUUAAAGACAUCACGGAAUCCACCGGACCUGUACUGUUCACAUCCUCCGCUCAGAAAUUCAGAAAUCUAUCAUGUGCACCUGGAGUAGGUGGUCAAAUGCAGGGAACUAACAGGACAGUGAUGUACGAUCGGGUCGCGGUGUAUGACGUCGUUUCUCAUGUAUUCCCCAAGGUUUGGACCAGGAUAGACACGAAGUCGGGAACGCGAGCGCGAAUCGUGUGUGCCCUUCACUUCUCGUACAUCACCACAUCUACCAUGAGCGACCUCACCAAGGUCACCCCACCCAAGGAGUUGACCGAGGCGGAACAGCAUGCGAUCUUCCAGCAUGUCUCCCGCCGACUUGCAGCACAUCGCAACACAGCAGAACUUUACGCAGUUGCGGAAUACACCUUCUCCACGAAAUCUCAAGAGCAGAAAGACUACAUCAGGGACUCGUUUCUGGAGCACCUAGAUCGUUGGGGACAAGACUUGCUCAAGCACGUAUGGUAUGCAUGCCAGGAGCCUGGUGGAGGUCCUGUUCCCGAGCUCUCGCGCUACUCUGACACCUCCAUCGCUGGGCUGCCACUCUUACCUGACAAGGCCGCCGUCAGGAAGGUCUUGUCUACUGUGCUUCUUCUCCACAUAACCAGUCAGAAGAACUACUCAGCGAGAGCACGCGCCUUUCUGUUCUCAUUCACCGCUCCCGACGAGACAGCGGUUGCGGGCACGCUCAAGGACCCAAGCCGUGCUCUAGAAGAAGCACAGCGGAAGACCAAAGGUGCCAAGGAAGAAGCGUCUGAGCAGACGAAGACACUACGCAGAGUCGGUAUCGGUCUGGGUGCGGUAGCUGGUGGUGUCCUAGUGGGAGUCACCGGCGGGCUAGCGGCUCCUUUGGUCGGCGCGGGUAUGGCGACUGUGCUUGGAUGGCUGGGCGUAGGCGGGACAGCGGCGGGGCUUCUCGCCACCGGCCUCGCGAGCUCCUCCGUCGUCUGCGGCGCGUUGUUUGGCUAUUAUGGGUCGCGAAGGAUGGCGGAUACCGUGGGCCGCUACCUCAGGGAGGUCAGCGACCUUGCCAUCGUCCCCGUGCGCAAACCUCGGGAUACGUUGGGCGUGCGGCUUUGCGUCAGUGGUUGGCUAGAUUCGCCGGCGGAUGUCGUGGCUCCCUGGGCUGUCUUUGAUGGUGACGACACAUUCGCGCUACAAUGGGAGGUCCAGGCACUCCAGGAUCUUUCGAAUGCCUUGAUGAUCCUCAUCAAGUCGCGAGCUAUGAAGUAUGUGAAAGCGGAGAUCAUCAAGCGGACGGUCUUCGCGAGCCUUUUUGCGGCAUUGUCGCCCACCGUCUGGCUCAGCCUCACAAAUAUCAUCGACAAUCCCUGGAUGACCGCAAAGUCCCUCGCCAGCAAGGCAGGCAAAGUCCUGGGCAAGCUCCUCGCACAGCGGGUCCUCGGUAACCGCCCCAUAACACUCACAGGCUACUCCCUCGGCUCCCUCGUCAUCUUCGAAGCCCUACAAUACCUCGCCUCCCUCCCGCCAUCCGAGACCUGUGACCUCGUACAAGACGUUUACCUCUUCGGCGCACCGGUAUCGACCGACGAGGCGCAGUGGACCGCCGUGCGCCGCGUCGUGGCGGGCCGGCUGGUGAACGGCUACGGCGCGAACGACUACGUCCUCGCGGUGCUCACACGGCUGUCCAGCGUCACCUGGAACGUGGCUGGCAUGGGUCCCGUUCCUGUCCAGGGCGUCGAGAAUGUCGAGUGCGAUGAGGUCGACGGGCAUCUGAAGUGGAGGAGCAUGGUUGGCCGUUGUUUGAGCAAGUGCGAUGCGCCGGGGAUCGUCGCCAAGGAGGUCGCGAAGCAGUUUGAGCUAGAUACCGGAGCUGGGAUGGAUAUGGACGAACAUGAAGCAGAGAAGAUCGUCGAGGAGGGCCUAGGAAAUGCGCCGGACGCAAUGAAGUCGUAACGGGGACGAGAAGAUAAAUAAAUGCAUGCGAGCUCUGCGUGUAGUGCAUUCGAGCUCAUUGUUGUCUCACCAGUGACAGAGAAGGUCCGAGCAACGUUGGGUGCGAUAGAUAGGCAUUCUGUUGCUUAUGAACACCCCGUCA